AGACUCUUCUGACACUUGACAUCUCUUCCUCUGCCCACCAUGGAGUUCCUGGGAUUGCCCACAAUCCUCUUGCUGGUCUGUAUCUCAUGCCUUCUCAUUGCUGCAUGGAAGAGUACAUCGCAAAGAGGGAAGGAGCCUCCUGGUCCCACGCCAAUCCCCAUCAUUGGAAAUGUUUUUCAGCUGAACCCGUGGGACUUGAUGGGAAGCUUUAAGGAGCUCAGCAAAAAGUACGGUCCUAUCUUCACAAUACAUUUAGGCCCCAAAAAGAUUGUGGUGCUGUAUGGCUACGACAUUGUGAAAGAAGCCCUAAUUGAUAACGGAGAAGCCUUCAGUGGGAGAGGAAUACUGCCUCUGAUUGAAAAGCUCUUCAAGGGCACAGGCAUUGUGACCAGCAAUGGGGAGACCUGGAGGCAACUGCGACGAUUUGCCCUCACCACCCUGCGUGAUUUUGGAAUGGGGAAGAAGGGCAUUGAGGAGCGAAUCCAGGAGGAAGCUCAUUUUCUGGUGGAGAGGAUCAGGAAGACACACGAGGAACCUUUCAACCCUGGGAAGUUCUUAAUCCAUGCUGUUGCCAACAUCAUCUGCUCCAUUGUAUUUGGGGAUCGGUUUGACUACGAGGACAAGAAAUUUCUGGAUUUAAUUGAGAUGCUGGAAGAAAAUAACAAAUACCAGAACAGAAUACAAACAAUGCUCUACAAUUUCUUCCCAACCAUCUUAGAUUCUUUGCCUGGGCCUCAUAAAACACUAAUAAAAAACACUGAAACCGUUGAUGACUUCAUUAAAGAAAUCGUAAUAGCACACCAGGAAUCCUUCGAUGCCAGCUGCCCUCGAGAUUUUAUUGAUGCUUUCAUUAACAAAAUGGAACAGGAGAAAGAGAACUCUUAUUUCACUGUUGAGUCCUUGACCAGAACCACACUUGACUUGUUCCUUGCGGGAACGGGGACAACCAGCACCACACUGAGAUAUGGACUUCUGAUUCUCCUGAAACACCCAGAGAUUGAAGAGAAAAUGCACAAGGAGAUUGACCGCGUGGUUGGCCGAGACCGAAGCCCCUGCAUGGCAGACAGGAGCCAGUUGCCAUACACGGAUGCCGUCAUCCACGAAAUCCAAAGAUUCAUUGAUUUCCUUCCCCUUAAUGUUCCACAUGCUGUGAUCAAGGACACCAAGCUCAGAGACUAUUUUAUCCCCAAGGACACCAUGAUAUUCCCUUUGCUGUCUCCCAUCCUGCAAGACUGCAAGGAAUUUCCAAACCCAGAAAAAUUUGACCCGGGACACUUCCUGAAUGCAAACGGCACCUUCAGAAGGAGUGACUACUUCAUGCCAUUCUCUGCAGGAAAACGCAUCUGUGCAGGAGAAGGGCUGGCCCGGAUGGAGCUAUUCCUGUUCUUAACAUCCAUCCUGCAGAACUUUUCUCUGAAGCCUGUUAAAGAUCGCAAGGACAUUGACAUUUCUCCAAUAAUCACCUCGGUGGCAAAUAUGCCCCGACCUUAUGAGGUCUCAUUUAUUCCACGUUAGACAAGUGAAGACAGCUGCCACCUCCCAAAUUCAUGAGAACUCUUCUUGAAUGACAGUCAAUGCCCAGCCUGAUAACACUGAGACACUCAGAUAAUUUCCUAGAUUCUUUAGGGACAGAAGACUUAUGCUCUUCUAUGUGAUGCCAGAGGACAUGAUGCAGCAGAAAACAAUUCUCCACAAAGCUUAGGCUCCCACACACUGCCCAAAAUAGGUACAUAUCUUGACUGUUUGUUUUCCCUCAUUUAUAAAAAAUGCAUUAUGGCUUUAAGACACGAUCUGGAAACCCUCCAGUCUCUCUAACAACAUGGAAGAUUGCUGGACUGUACUUACUGGACCUAUCAGAAUUAAAACUGCAAUUACAGCACUGCUCAUUGAGACAAAACAGAGUGAAAUAAUUGUGGGAUCUCCACGAUGCCUUUUAGAAGAUGAAUGUCAGCUUGAAUCUUCCCAUUACUUUUAUGAAAUACGUAAAAAUUGCUACAGAAAUUGUACAAACUUCAGGUAAAGGGUUUCUUUGAGCUAACAAAGACAGAUGUAUGGAUGUAGGAUUGGCAUUUCCCAUAUUGACCGCUUUCCCUGCAGUGUAUAGCUUACUGUGAUUGCAGUGACAACACAGCUGAAUCCAUGCUACGUGGCAUAAUACAGCACUUGCAAUGUCACCACAGUGGCAUUAAUUGCUUAGGUAAGCAGCCAAAUGUUCAUUUCUUUCGCUGUGUUAAUAGUCCUGAUAUACCAUGGGUUAUUUGUUUUGUGUUAUACAAUAAGUUCAAAGCAUAAAAUAUCACAGAAUGACAGAAAUACAAAUGAAAGAAAAUACAUGAAAAUAUUGCCUACCCUAUCGAUAUUCGUAGCCUGGACCAACUGUUAGAAGUCUUCUUGACAGAAAGAAAAAAAAAAAAAAGAAAGAAGGAGAAAGCUCACUGUGCUUCCUUCGACUUUGCCAUGGCUAAGUAAAUGGCUUGAAAGGCAACCUACGUUCCAGACACCUUCCUCCAUACUGAGCAGACAAGGCAGCAGCUUGUGCAAAGCAGCAAGAAAACAGCUGUAGCUCCCAGAGACUUCACCAUCAUAUGGAGCAGGAAUCUGAGAUCAGAGAAGCGCUAAAGCUGUGCCCCGCAAGUAUCACUUUGUGUCUCACUGUGCUGUGGUACAAGCAGCAGUGCAAUAGUUACCAAUGGCUGCUUGCACUUCCUCCAAGUUCACCUGAUCGAACAAAAGUGGUAUUAGCACUUCCUGGGAGAUUAAGGAUCAGACAUUUAAAAGGGAAGAAGACUUAACGAGCAGGCUUUAUUUCAUCAGUCUUUGUUGCCUGCUAAACUGGAAAACAUUAGUUAAAAAAAAAAAGGGGGGAAUAAAAGUCUGUUUCUCCAUGCA